AUGGCUCCCCCCGCUGGUGAGACUGUGACCAUCUCCAUUCGCCGUCCCAUCGACGACCCCAUCUACCUGGCCGGCACCUUUUCCGACCCCCAAUGGGAACCCGUCGAGCUCAACUCCAAGCCCGUUGACACCGAACCCGAUGAGGACGGACUCAUCUCCACCGAAUAUCUCUUCUGGCACGACCUGACGCUGCCCCCCGGCCAACAUCAGUACAGAUUCCGUGAGGGCACAAAAGGCCCGUGGUUCCACGAUGAGGCUGUGAAGCAUGUUCCUGGUGAAGGUGGUCUCGUUAACGUGCUUACCGUGACGGAGAAGGGCGCUGCGGCGGAUGCUGUGAAGCCUGUUGUCGAGAAGGAGGCUAGCGAUAAGACGGAAGACGCCGUGACGGAAGACGCUACCCCCAAGGAGAACGGGGUCAAUGGAGUCGCGGAGCACGACACUCCCGCGCAGGAAUCUCCCGAGGAGCACAAGUCCGAGCCCGCCAUGUCGGAUGAGUCUACCACGAACGGCACCGCCGCCCCCGAGGUCAACGGCACUGAACAUGUGGAGCAGCACUCGGAGGAGAAGACCACAGACGAUGCGAAGGCGCACGACGCCGUCGAAGAGAAGUCCGUCCAAGUCGAGCCGACUCCAGUGAAGGAAGAACCUGCCGCCACCGAGACCAAGGAAGCGCCAGUCAUCUCCGAAGUCACCGAAACUGCCAAAGACGCUGACAAGGACCAAAGUAAGGAGGACGAGGUUACGGCUGCCGACAGCGCCCCCGUGCCCGAGACCGACAAUAAGGCGACUGAAGUGUCUGAGACGGAGAAGGUUGUCGAUGAGCCUGUAUCCAAGGCUGAUGAGCCCGCUACUGAGACUGUGGCUAUAGAAGCCGCCGCGGAAGAGACUCCUGCAGUGGAAGCCGCUUCGGAAAAGCCCAGCGAGACCGAGCCAGUCGCGACUGAGACUCCUGCUGAAGACUCAAGCGUUCAAGAACCCGCGAAGGAGGAGCCGGUCAAGGAAGUUGAGGCAACAGAGGCAACAGUUGUCGCCUCUACGGAAGAACCCGCUAAGGAAGAACCCGCUUCCCAAAGACCCUCCGAGUCGGCUGCGCCCGUCGCGUCUACGAUCGAGCCCAGCGCGGAAGAGGCUAAGCCGGAGCCCACUGAGGAGGUCAAGACUGACCACGUUCCCGAAGUUGCCGCUCUUGCGGAACCUGCUGUGGAGUCUGUGGCUCAGGAGGUUUCCGAGAAGUCCGAAGAGACCCCUGCUGCCGAGACUGCCCCUCAGGAGCCUGAGGAGCCUCUCAAGGAGGAGCCUCUCAAGGAGGAGCCUGCCAAGGAGGAGCCUGCCAAGGAGGAACCUGUCAAGGAGGAAUCUGCCGUCGAGCCUAGCACCGAAAAGGUGACGGAAGAACCUGUGGCUACCGAGACGCCAUCGGAGACUGCAGUUGCUCAACAGUCAACCGAGAGCCCCGCCACUGAAGCAGUCGAAACCAAGCAAACUGUGGAGGAGCCUACCGAGACCGUGGUUGCUGAGUCUUCUGCCAUCGAGCCUCUUCCCGAGGUUGCCUCCACCCAAGCGACCGAAAAGGAAGUGACUGUUGCGGAGCCUGUCGACGAGAAGUCUGCUGAGCCUGCUGAGCCUACUGCUGAAGCUGCGCCAGUUGAAGCCGCUGCUGAAAACGCUACCGUCGAUGAGGCCCAGGUCGAAGAUCCCGUUUCUGAGAAACCCGUAGAAGAAGCCGCUACUGAAACGCCCGUUGAGGCUGCCGUCGCUGAGGCUAUUGAAUCCGUGGCCGAGGAGCCUGUUCCCGAAGCCUCGCCUGUAGAGGAACCGAAGGAGACCACGAUCGAAGAGUCCGCAACAGAAGUGAACGCUGUCGGUGAGCCGAUGGAACCGCCUGUGGAGGAGCCGAAGGAGACCAAGAUCGAAGAGUCCACGACAGAAGUGAACGCUGUCGGUGAGCCGAUGGAGCCGCCUGUCGAACCCGCCGUGGAGGAACCUGCCGUGGAAACCACGACUGCCGAAGCCACUACUCAGGAAACCACCGAGGAGCCUGCUCACCAAGAACCCGCCGUGGAGGAGCCAGUUCUGGAUACUCCCGCUGAGAUCACUACUGCCGAAGCCUCUGCUCCUGAGACUACCGAAAAGCACACUGCUGUCACCGAAGAGCCGGCUGUGGAAAAGUCUGCUGAGGGGCCUGUCAAGGAGGUACCGGUUGUUGAAGUUACUGCCGAGGAUACCACCAAGGAGCCUGUUGCCGAGACUGCCGCCGCUGAGACUCCCGCUGUGCAGGAGCCUGUGGAGGAAGCUGCCGUUGAAGCCUCUCCUGAAAAGACCGCCGAGGAGCCUGCUACCGAAGAGCCUGUCACCGAAACGUCUGCCGUUGAGCCUGUGAAGGAGGAAGCAGUUGCUGAAGUUCCCGUCACAAACUCGACCGAGGAGCCUGCUGCUAAGUCCCUUGCUACGGAAGAGCCCACGGUUGAGGAAUCAGUUGCAGAGACUACCCCUGAAAAGGCGGCUGAAGAGCCUGCUGCUGAGGCCGCAGUUGUCGACGUCGCUCCCGUCGAGGUCGAGGUGCCAGCCACCAAGGAGGAGCCUGUCGUCGAGGAACCUGUUGAGAAGACUUCCGAAGAGCCGAUUGUUGAGCAACCUGUAGCUGAAGGCACCCCCGAGAAGGCGAUCGAGGAGCCCACAGCAACGGAAGAGCCGAUCGUCGAAGAACCUGCUGCUGAGGCUACUCCUGUGGAGACUGCCGAGAAGAUCACUGAAGAGCCUGCUGCAGAAGAGCCAGUCGCCGAGACUUCGACUACAGAAGCACCACUUGCCGAGGCCACCGAGAAGACCACUGAGAACCCUGCGGAGAAACCAGCUGCUGAAACCCCUGCUAUGGAAGAGCAGCUCGCCCAAGAACCUGUUGCUGAGCCCAUUGUUGCCGAGGUUGCCGAGGCUGCCAACGAGCCCGCUGCUGAUGCAGUGACCGCGGAAGAGCCUGUGGCAGAGGCCAUCGUCGCCGAGACUGCCAAGGCCGUUGAAGAGCCAGCUCACGAGACACCCGCUGUUGAGGAGCCAGUCACUGAAACCCCGGCUGUGGUAGCUGCAAAGCAGGAACAUUCUGUCGAAGCUCCCGUUGCUGAGGCUACUGAAGAAGUUGCUACCGCCGAACAGCCAGCCGCUGAGAAUUCUGCUCCGGAGGAGCCUGCUGUCGAGGCGUCCGCGGAGUCCACUGUCGACAACACUGCCACUGAGACCGUCGACGAGAAAGCUCAAGAGGAGCCUAUCGUUGAAGCUGCCGCUGCUGAAGAGCCUGUCGUUGAAGCCGCCGCUGUUGAGGAACCUGUAACCGAGAAGCCCGCCGCUGAGGAGUCUGCCCAGCACGAGCCAGCUGCCGAAGAGCCCGUGACCGAGAAGGCUGUCGAAGCUGCAGAGCCUGUGCAUGAGGAGUCCGUCGCGAAAGAAUCCACCCAGCCUGAGCCAGCUGCCGCCGAGCCAGUCACCGAACAGGUCGCUGAAGUCGCGGAGCCCGUUCAGGAGAAACCUGUUGUGGAGGAACAAGCUCCUGAGGUUACUGCGACUGAAGAGCCUGCCACUUCCAAGCCAGUGAUUGAGGAGCCUGCCGCUGAAACACCAGCCCCUGUUGCUGAGACUCCUAUUUCUGAGGCUCCUGUUGCUGAGUCUCCUGUUGCUGAGGCUCCUGUUGCUGAAGCUCCUGUUGCUGAGGCUCCUGUUGCUGAGGCUCCUGUUGCUGAGGCUCCUGUUGCUGAGGCUCCUGUUGCUGAAGCUCCUGCUGAAGAAGCUAUCGAGAAGUCCAUUGAGGAGAAGGCUCCUGAGGAGUCAGCUACCGCAGAGCCUACUGAGGAAUCUCCAGCAGUUGCAGCCCCGGCCGUUGAGGAGAACGUUACUGCAGAUGCUCCCGCCGACAAGGCUCACGAAGAGCCCAAGGAGGCUCCUGUUGCCGAAGAAACGCCUGCUAUCGAGGAGAGUGUUGUCGAGGCUCCUGCUAAUGAGACUCAGGAGGAGCCUAAGGAGGCUCCUGUUGUCGAAGAGACCCCCGCAGUUGAGGAGAGCGUUGCUCCGGAGGCUUCCUUGAAAGAGACCCAGGAUGAGCCCAAGGAAGUCCCUGUUACUGAAGAGACUCCAGCUGAAGAGAGCGUCGACGAGGUGCCUUCAGCAGUUGCUGCCGAGGAGCCCAAGGAAGCACCGGUCGUUGAAGAGACCCCUGCCGAGAAGACCGCCGAUGAGGUCGAGCCCACACCUGCUGCAGCUGUCGAGGAGCCUGUUGCCGAUCCGGAGGUCGUCGACAAGGAGGAAGUUGCUGCAGCACCUGCCCCGGAGGAUUUCAUUCCCGCAGUUGUCAAGGAAGACGUGGCCCCUGUGAUCGAGUCUGUCGACAAGGUCGAAGAGCCCGUUGCCGUUGAACAAACUUCCGAGACUGUCGCGACCGAAUCUACUCCUGAGCCUACUCCUGCCGAAGCAGGUGAGAAGAAGGAAGCUACUGAAGUUGCCUCGGAGCAACCUACGGAAGCUAUCGGUACCCGUGAGCUUGCUGAUGAGGAACUUUCCGAACGUGUCUCUUUCGCCGAAAUCGAAGGCAAAGAUCAACAAGCCCCCAUCAACGGAGUCAUCAACACGCAGACGGCUACGCAAGACGAAGUGACAGACGUUCCCAGUGCCGAGAAGGAUGAGAUCCCUGCCGAGCCUGCUGUGGAAGAAGUCAGCAGAGAAGUCGUCGCUGAAGAGCCUGUCGCUUCCGAGCCAAUUGUCGAGGCCGCGGCGGAACAAGAGUCCGCCAAGGACAGCCUCCUGACGCCCGAGAUCAUCGCUGCAGGCGCUGCCGCUGCAGUUGCUGCCGGAACCGCCGCUGCAGUUGGCGCCGCUUCGGCCUCCCACAAGGAGCCCGAGGCUGCUGCUGCUGCACCUGCUGAGACCAAGUCACAGGAACCCCAGCCCCCGAACAAGGACAAGGCGGUCAACGCCGUGCCUGGAACUUGGCCCAGUGAGGCUCACGCCGGUGACCAUGCUGCCCAGCAAGCCACUGCCGCCGAUGCCACGGACAACGCCAAAUCGACCCCGGAGCCCGAAAGUACCGCCGAAUCGUCGACCGCUGCGGACAAGGCAGUGGCCACCAAGGGAGACGAGAACCCUCGCUCACAGAGUCAAAAUCGGUCAGUCACCGCUGUUUCUCUGAAUCAUAAGAAGCAUGACAGCUGGUUGAAGACUAUCUUACGCGCUGUGUUUACCAAUUUCUUUGGAGCAAUCUUCUCUCCUUUCCGCCGUCGCGGAGGGAACAACCAAUAG